GCGCAGGCGGCGGGGGCGGCGGCGGGCGGCGGCGGGCGCGCGGGGUGCGGGCCGGCUCGGGCGCGGAGGAUGAAGUGGAGCGUCCGCGGGGCCUGCGCCGCGCUCUCCUCCUGCCUCCUGCUCGCCUGCGCGCUCAGCGCCGCCGCCGUCGGCCUCAAGUGCUUCUCGCUGGGCUCGGAGCUGCGCGGGGAGCCGUUCCGGCUGGGGGCGGCCGCCGGCGCCUUCUAUUCGGGGCUGCUGCUGGCCGCCGGCCUCUCGCUGCUCGGCGCCGCCCUGCUCUGCUGCGGGCCCCGGGACGCGCCCCUCGCGGGGCCGGGCCCGGGCCCGGGGCUAGGGGUCGCCGCCGGCUCCGCGGGGGCUGCGGAGGCCGCGCCGGGCGACCCGGGGGGCGCCGCCGGGCCCUCGGGGCCGGUGAGCAGCCAGAACCUGCUCCUGCUCGGCGUCCUCGUCUUCAUGCUCGGGGUCCUCAGCGCCUUCGCGGGCGCCGUGAUCGACGGCGACACCGUGUCCCUGGUGGAGCGCAAGUAUUCCCACUACUGCCUGCCGCCGCGCGCGCCGGCCGCGGCCCCCGGCCCGGCCCCGGGCCCUGCAGCCGCCGGCCCCGGCCCGGCACCCGGCGCGCCGCGCACCCGCGGCACCCUGGACAGCGCCACCUCCGCCAAGUGCCGCCAGCUGAAGGACUACCAGCGCGGCCUGGUGCUCUCCACCGUCUUCAACUCGCUCGAGUGCCUCCUGGGCCUGCUCAGUCUCCUGCUGGUCAAGAACUACAAGUCGUCGCAGGCCCGGCGAGGCCGGCGCGGCCGGCGGAAGGGAGGACGGGCCCUGGCGCGGCCCCGCGGCGGCCCGGGGCUCCGCGCGCAGCCGCCCGCCUCCCGGUCGCGGCGGGGCCGGCGGGGCCGGCGGGGGCGGAGGCUGCAGCCGCGGCCCAGCGAGGCUUCCAUCCUGUCUCCGGAGGAGUCGGACUUCGCCGCCCCGGGGGACUGCGAGGGCUUCGCGACGCACCACGCGGUCUCCUACAUCAACGUGGGCGUCUUCCACGCGUUUGACGAGGCGGGCGUGGAGGUGUGCUGCGGGGGGCACCCGUCUGUGGAGCUGCCGGGGUACGCGCCCUCGGACCCCGACCUCAACGCCUCCUACCCCUACUGCUGCCGCCCGCCCUGCGAGGCGGCGCGCCCCUGGGAGCCGGGCCGGGCCUGCUGAGCCCCUGGGCCUGUGCGGACGGCCGUGCCCGUCUCCCUGCCCUGCCGCGGCGGCGAGGGAGGUGGGGGGCUGGCGGGGCGCAAAGCCAAGCCUCUCCGUGGCGCCGCAGCUUCAGGGCGGUCUGGCCCAGCGCCUCUGGGGCUCCCCGCCGCGAGACUGGUCCUCCAGUACUAUUAUUUCUGUGUUUGGGAGGUUUCUCUUCUUUUCUGUGUCUGCUCGUAUCCGGACUCCAUUUUAAAGUUUACAAUAAAUGUUUUGGGGUUGGCUCGCCCCCACCGCACUUCUCUUUGGCAAGUCCGUUCCCUGGGCGCCCCCGAGGCCCAGGCCCGGGUGAAAGCUCACCCAGCGAGCGGGAAGAACGCUGACUGAGAGGACAGAAAGACGGAGCGGCUGAUACUGUCGGAAUGGAAGACGUGAAGAAGCACCCACAGCAACACUUUGUACACGGAUGUGCCUGCUUUUGUUGAUAACUUUCUUACUGUAAAGCUCUCCAUAAACAGUGAAAAUGUUUGGUACAUUUAUUGCGAUUUAAAAUUGGUGAGUUCCUUUAUUAAAUUAAUUGCUAUGUUAUUGGAGAUAUUCAUCAAAUUGGGGUUAGAGAAUGUCAACACACAAAUCAAUUUUGGGGGAAAAUGAUUGAAUUUGGUUGACAGAUAUGAGUUUGAACAGUUGUAUUAUGCUAGAUGGUUGGCUAAGUCCAACCUCUUUCUGAGGCUAAAUUUCUGUCUGUAUAUCAGGUCCCAUACAUUUCUUUUUCUGGAAACUGGAGAUUGGGUUUUUAUGGUAAAACUGAGCUUAUUUUGGUUAAUACAUAUGAACAAUCCAAUCCUAUUUUGGAAAUCACAGUCAUAGUUUUUCUGGCAAAGAUUAUUAUCCUGUUGGUUAAUUCAGUAAUCUGGUAAUUUUGGAUAUUAUAGCAUUUCAUUUGAAAUAUACCCCUUAAAUAGCCUUAA